GGGAAAGCCUCUGCGGCGCUCUCACACUCACUUACUUACACACUUUCUUUUUCUGCUUUUCCUCUUUAGCACAGAUUGGAGAAGAUGACGGCAUUUUCAGCAGCUGUCAUGAGGUGCAGCUCUUCGGUUAAACUGUGAAAUGGCACACAUAAACACACAUAUGUAGACACACUCAUUCUUCCACGCACAUGAGGAAUGACUUGAGAAAGGGAGAACUGGAAGCAACACAGAGGUCUGUCCCAGCCCGCUCUGCUACUUCUGCACCGUCAUGAGACAGCAGACAGCUUCAGUCAGAUAGACAGGAGCGCAUAGGUGUAGACACAACAUGGGUAACACACUUAGCCAUGAAGACAUCUCUCCUGCUGAGCUGGAUGCUCUUUGGAGGGAGCCUCCCUACACUCUUGGAGGUGAACACUUCUCAGGAAAUGACAUCAUGACGCAAGGUGAGGAGGAUGAUGGCCCGCUGGUGGAGUCGGGUGAAGGAGGGGAGCCUGACAGCUACUGGAAGAAGAAAGAGGCCUUCCUCAGAGGAAGUAAAGUGUCACUGGGAGAGAAAUUUUCCUCAGAAAUUGUGUUGUUGUUCAGCGGGCGGAGGCGCUCUAGCAUGGUUCCCGAUCGGGCCCUUCAGGAGGCCCUGCGCACCCGACUACGAGUGGUGGAGAGCAACAGCCAGGAUGUCAUCCAACUCUUUAAGGACUUAUCUGCACGUCUGGUGUCCGUUCAUGCUGAGAAGGAUAGCUUCGUGCUCACAUUCAAGACAGUGGAGGAGAUAUGGAAGUUUUCAACUUACCUUGCAUUAGGUUUUGUGGCUCGCUGCUUGGAGAACUUCCUGUGUGAUCAGUCUGUCUGGCUGGACUCACAGCUGCUCAGCGACCUGGAGAUAAAUGUCACUGUGGACGAGGAACAUCUGGCCACGCUCUACCUCGGACUAUUACUGCAGGAGGGAUCCUUCUUUGCUAAAGCCCUUUUCACAAGGAGCGAUCAGGAUGAGGAUGAUGAAGAACAGCUGUCGUUUAAAAAGAAUGACUUGCUCAUGGUGAGGGACACGGGGCAGGACAACAUGUGGGAGGGCACCAUGCUCCCCACAGGAAACCACGGCCUGGUGCCAGUCAACGCCAUGCAGCCACUGCCUUAUCCUUUCUAUCAGUGGUUCCUGAGGAAGUACCCAGGCAACGCUGGAUACACACCCACAGAGAAGGAACUUUUUGAACAUCCUAUAGUGACAGGCUCCUGCAUCGCCGUGGUCGAAUACAGCCCAGUGAGCCCAGAUGAACUUCAGCUAAGUCAAGGUGACACUGUGGAGAUCCAGGGUCUGCUAGUACGAGGCCUGGCUGUGUUUAUAGGAAUGCACACUUCCACUGGUCACACUGGUUUUGUACACAAGGCUCAUGUCAAACCUCUGGAUAUCAAACCAUUAGACAGACAAUUGGUCUUUCUGACUGAGGAAGAGAGGGCCAGCCUGGCUCAGGUCAACCCCUGCAGCUUGGAGCUAAGUGACAGCGGCCUGCUGGAGAGACUGUUUUCUUCUGACAUCAGCUCUGUGUACAGGCUAGACAGACUGGAUGAGAGUGACUUCAUGUACAUCAGGAAUAGACCAAAACAUGAUCACAAAGUCUCCACAAGCACCCGUCUCAGUGUCCUUUCAGAAGCUAGCGGAGGGACGCCCCCUUACCACUCCUCCCCUCGGACCUCUGUCUCUCACUCCCACCCCCGUCUGUCCAUCUAUCAAUCCCACAAUCCUCUGCCACAGGAGGGGGAGCGCUUGUCCUUCACUCUGGACGACACAUUCAGGGAACUGGAUGAGUUUCAGGAAGAUCCUCCUCUCUUCCUGGAGGACAGUAGCUGGGAGGGGGACGAGUCGGAGCUUAGUGACCCCACUUUGACCCUGCUCAACCAGGAACACUUUAAGGAGGACUUCCUGCCACUGUAUGACCUGCACUACUCUUUCCUGUGGGCGACCUUCAGCGGGAAGACUGAGGAUGAGCUCUCAGGGCACCUAGAGAGCGUCAGGGAGUGUGCAAAGAGAAUGGGGAUGCACUGGGCACAUCGAAGGGCGUGCUUCCUACUGGGAAGACUGUGUGCCAGGAAAUUAAAGUUUUCACAGGCUCGUGUCUACUAUGAGGAGGCCCUCAGCGUUCAGGUUGACAGUUUCUCUGACACGCCGCUACUCAUUGCUCUCUUCACAAACCUCACUGCCGUCUACCUGAAGCAGAAAAUGGCUGACAAACUGCCUCAGACUCUGGAGAAGGCCAGCGCCCUGCUCCUCUGCCUUCCAUGCCACACCUUCACCUCCACAGAUGAGAUCGAGCUGCUCACGCUGCUCCUGAGAAGAGCAGUGGUGAUGGGAGACAAACACCUGGAGGCCCGCAUCUGCUACCUCAUCUCCUGCCUCUUUUUGCUUCUCCGUAAGACUGAUGAUGCUCUUCCCUUUGUUGAGCGGCUCCAGUUCCUUUCAAUCACCCUCUCUGGUGCUGAGGGGCCUCCCAUAGCUCCCCUGGACCUAAACUGGCUCUUGAGCUGGCUCUAUCAUCGUAAAUACAUGCCCUACUUAGCACUGGCUGCCCUCAGCUUGGAUUCAAGACAAGACCAUUCCCUCCACGAUGCCUUCCAAAGGAUCGAGUUGUUUAUCAAGAACUCUGUACGUCUGAACCCAUGCUGGAAGGAAGGGACUUCCCUUCUGCCUGCUCAGAUCGUGGUUUACCUUCAGCAGGCUCUUGCUAUAGCUGAGCGAGGGGAGGACAUGAAGACCCAGAGGGACCUGUGUCAGGGCUUAGCUUCAGUUUACCAGCAGUACAACGCUCUGGAUAAAGCUGUGUGCUGUGCUCAGCAAGCUGUAGAAACUGGAGGCAACAUCAAUGAGGAGGAAGGGUUUGAGGCAUCGGUGAUGCUCGGAUGGCUGCUGGUGUUGACCGGUCAGGCUGAGAGGGCUCAGAGCGUCCUGCAACCACUGCUCACAUCGCUGCAGGGCACAGACAGUUCAACACAACGAGGUGUGAUCCACAACCUCCUGGCUCUGUGUCUGAGGCGGCAGGGUUGCAUUCAAGAGGCAGGCUGCCAUCUCCACUCUGCUUUGGUUAUCUCCAGGGAGAGCGGAAACCAGAGGAACCAGGCCCUGGCACUGGCUAACCUCGGAUGCCUGGCUCUGGAUGUGGGGGCAUCUUUAGUGGCUGAACGCUUCCUUGUCAGAUCCUUGCAUAUUUUCAUGGAUCUGGGUGAAAGCCCCACUGAUGAAGAGCAUGUUCAGACCUACCUUUGGCUCGGGAGGAGCUACAAAGACAGGGGGAAGAGUCAGGACAUCAGGGCCUGUUAUGAAAUGGGGUUGCUCAUUGCUCUACAUGCCAGAAACUUACACAGUCAGAUGGUGGUAGCCAAGGUGCUGAGUCGGCUGUAUGCGGACUUAAUGCUGUACGGUCAGAGUAUUGUCUACUACGAGCACUGUGUGUCUGUGUCCAGAGAGCUAAAGGAUAAGAGGCUGGAGGGAGAGUAUCUGGAAAUCCUCAGCAGCCUCUACCUCUCUCUCAACACUGAGAAAUCAUCUCGUAAAUCUCUGGACUACACCAAACAGAGCCUCAGGAUUUCUAUCGACCUGGGAAAGAGGGAGGAGGAGUCGGAGACCUGGCUCCAGGUCGGACGCAUUUAUUAUUUGAUCCUAGAGGACGAGCUGGCAGAUAUGUAUCUUCAGGCAGCAGUGAAGACAGCCCUCAGGAUGAAAGAUCCUAACUUUGCCAUGAGCAUCUAUGAGGAGGCAGGAGAUGUUUACUUUAAGGGCCACAGGAACAGGAUGGCUUCACUUCCUUUCUACAGGGAUGGCAGUCUGCCCUUUGCACGGAGCAUCAAGGACAUCCAUUCAGAGUUUCGUUUGUUGAGUAAACUGACAGAGUUGUUAAUGAACCAUGAAGAGCAGGACGAAGCUCUGCAGUACGCAACGCUGGCUGUUCAGAUCGCCAACAAGACAGGUGUACGUGAGAAUGAGAGGACGGCUUACCACCGGCUGGCUACAGUCUACUACAGCCUGCAGCAGUAUGAGAUGGCAGAAAAUUACUACCUCAAGUCUCUGUCCUUCUGUCCACCAGUGCUGCAGCACCCCAUGGAGGCUCGAUAUUACACUAAGGUUUACUGCCGACUGGGAAAUCUCACUCUACAUAAACUGAAGGAUGCUUUUGAUGCAGUGGGAUAUUUCCAGUUGGCUCUUGCAGCUGCUCUGGAGGACCAGGCCAACCCUGAGGCUCUUUACGUGGUGUACAUGAAGCUGGCCGAGAUCCACGGCAACCACAUGCCCGACGCUCAGCUGUGCCAAGUUUACAGAGACAGAGCCCAGAGCCUGAAGAGAUUGCUGGCCGGAGUGGAAGGCGCUGCUGUGGGAAAGGAAAACGUGGACGAUGCAGACUCAGAGUCUGGCCAAAAGAAGGAAACAGACUUUGAUGAGGAAUGUGCAGAAAGUCUGGUGGAGAGAAAAAGCAUUUCUAGCAGUAUAAGUGAAAAUACAAAACAUGAAGAAAACUCUCUACCUAAAGCUUGUACAAUAAAUGGAAACACACAGGAUAGAUGUAUAGACAUUUCUACAGGGCAUACUGAAGGAAAAGGAGAUCCUGAGGGGGAUCAUCCUGAUACAGACGGACUGUUUGUGGACGCCUGUGAGACAGAAACCAUCGCCAGUCAUUCAUACAGUGACAGUAUUUUUACUGAAUCCUUCGAAACGGCAAAGGAGCAGAUCUCAGACUCCAGUAGCUCUACUGACACUAUGCAAACCUACCAGGAUCAAACAGACGGGAAGACCUCGUUCUUCGAUGCUGCACAUGACAUGUGUAGUAACGUGCCUGUUAUAGAAAAGGGUGACAUCGCUAGAGUCAUGGAAACCAUUGAACCUGAUAUUCAGGAUGAAGAAAACACUCUAACAGGAGAAGAAGAUACUCCUGCAGAUGCUACUGAAAAAGAUGUCAGUCUUAAGGACAAUCAGCGUGACACUGCCCACACAGAGACUGUUGGUGUAAACACUGAUGAAGAUAAAUCUAUGGACCCACACAGUCACAUGGAUUUAGAUGUCUACACAUAGUCUACAGCAGAAAAACUUCAUCUCUGAGUAUGUUUACAUGAUCACAUCAAUACAAUUACUGGGAAUGAUCGGGUAAAGAUUAUAACCUGAUCUCAUGCACUUACAUGCACUUCAGUAAUGUUAUCAGAACAAACCUGGUUUACAUGAUUUCUCUAACCUUGCACAGCACAUGGACUGUUCAGAUUCCUUGUCUGUAAUCAAUCUGGGAAAGACUGAACCGAUCAGCGUCAUUUGAAGAGAAAGAGACCGAAACUUUGGGCAUGGUUUAGUUGAAGCGACUGCAAAUCUUAAUCAAUGGUGAGUUUAAUUGACCAGUUUAACCAGUUUACCACCUGGCUCCACUGAUAGUUUGGAGUUGUGUAUUGACAUGACAGGUGCUGCCUGUGAGUUUGUGUUAUGCAGUUUACUCUCUGGGGCUGUGCACACUUAAUACAGUGGUUCCCAAACUUUUCAUGACAGCCCCCCCUUUGGCAGAUGAAAAUAUUUUCCCAGCCCCCCACCCCCCACCGAACAUAUCAACAUGCAAAAAUAUGUAUCUGUCAGUCAUAAUAUUGGCGAACUAAUUCCUUUUUUUCAGAAUUUACUACCACUAACCCUUGUUUAGCUUUUACUGCAGUAACAACAGUCAUGCCCUUAAACAGAGUUUUAAAGAUCUGACUCUGAAGACAAAGAAAAUCUUUUAGAUUUAUACCCCCCAUCCUACAUAGUUGCUGACUAUUAUGGGCUAAUUUGACACAACGGAUCUCGUUGAGUUGGGUAAAUUUCAGUGCCUAGCUUUUUAGCAGAAAAACCUGUAAACCAGAAUCGCACACAUGUAGAAUGUAGCAAAAGGGAAGAAGGCUCUCCUUCCUCGCAGUGGGUACUCCUUUUCCCCUCCAUCCAAACUGUAGACAGCAUCUUGGACUUAAACUGCCACUGCAGUGUGCAUGAAUGCACCCUCUUGAGUUUUUUGUUUGUUUUUUCAGAAGAUUCUGCCUCUACCUACUUUCCUUCACUGUCUAUGGGGUUUUGUCCAGAUUCAUAUGACAUAUAUCCCAUGCCAUGGAUUUUUGAUUUCUAUCUGAAAUGUCAGGUUAAAGGAUUCCUUUCCAUGGUGGUUGACAAUAGUGGUGGGCAUAGCCUUGGCAUUGUUUUCUGGGAGGGGGUGGGAUUUUUGUUAGUGAUGGGGUUGGAGCAUGCACAUACACACAUUCAUUACGGAUCAAGGAUUUGAUUUGAAGUAAUUUGAUGACUGCAGCUAUUAAUAGAAAUAUACAGAAUGCAAUAUUUUGAUUUUCAUAAUACCUAUUUAUUGUCAUGAAAAUGAAGCUUUCAUUAAGCAAUCAAGCCAUUGAAGGAACAUAGGCUCUGUUUGAAACUUUGAAUGACAGUCAGACCACAUCUUAUACACACAACAUGUAUAAGAAUGACUGCAGGACUGAGUAUUUGUGGUAUUGAUCUCAAGUACUCCACACCUGGUCAAUCUGUCAAACUGUGAUAAAAAUCCCUUUUUGUAAAGUGUUGGGAUCGUUAUCGAUGCAUGUAGAUUUUUUUAUGAUGAUUGCAGCAUAGAGACCCAUUUGGAGCAGCUAAGCACUAACUUUCCUACAUUCACAUUCAAUCCUAAUGGCUGUCCCCCACUUCCUGACCUCCAAUGGACAUUUGGGAACACAUGAUUGCAAACAACCAAUAAAACACACCCAUUCUUUUAUUCCACUGGUUGCCACAGUUUCCACCAAAAGCGGGCAUUGCAAUCUAGAAUCUGACUGUUAGAUGAUGCCAAUAUUCCUUUUUUACACACUGUUCCUUUAACUAGUCUGAGGCUGGCUGCACACUGGAUUAUUUACAAUGCUUAAGUGAUUUUAAACACUUGGGAGACCACUUGGGAAACCAAUUUUUAACAUCAGAAUUCUUCAAACAGUAUAUCAGGAUUUCCCAAACUUUGCCAUGCCAAGGAUCCCCGUACUGCAUUACUUCUUUCAUGGACCCCUACUUUCAAAGUGUCCUAAAUUCCUUAAACAUUAUCAUGGAAAAUAUAAAAAUGCUAGCAUUACAUAUCUCAUUUCUUUCCUUUAUUUAUUUAGAUUAAAUUCUUUCUUUACUAUGAUAAACAAUAAUAGCAGCAGAAAAUGUGUUUUUUAGAAGUUAUCGAUUGCCAUGAAAAAAUAACACAUAGACAUAUCCUAUAUUGCCACACUGAAUGAGUCCAAGCUGCCAAGCCAUGAAUCACUGAGCUCUGCCUUCCUUCAUUGCUUACUCGCUUUUAUGAGUUGAGAUAUAUUUAAAUUGAAACUGUACUAGAUCAUUACCAACAUAUACAUUUGUAUAUACAAUAGUAUGUCAACAGUAUACUGGCACUGCAUAAAUAGGGCAAAAACUAGGUGUGUUUAUCUGUUUUUCAUAAUCUGAUGAUGGGAUAUUGGAUUAUGCUAUUUAUAAGAGUACUCGAGUAAUCAGAUCUCUCCAGAAAUCGGAUUAUGAUCGGUUUAUUGGUGUGAAUGUAAACGUACUCUGAUAUUUCCUUUGUCUGGUCUCGACUGUUGACCGGCAAACUGACUCAAACGUUCCAGCCACACGGCACUUUUUAUAGGAAACGAUGUUCAUACAAAGAUUUAGUUGAUUUAAAGCAUGUGCCUUUUGUAUAAUAUAUUCAGGCUAUUAAACAGAUUCAUGUUUGAUGCCUUCUGCCUGUAAAAUGUUUUUUUUUUUUUCAAUGUCUGUUUUGUAUCUAUGGAAGAUAUGACUUCAAAAUAAAGAAUGCUAUUUUC